AGUAGGCCCAGGCUACUGAGGCACCGUCGAGUGAGAGUAGCAAAAGGACGAGCAAUGCGGGAAUCAACGAACAAGAUGUAGCCUCCCGACCGUUCUUCGCGGGACGAAAGUCUUCGCGCGAGCCGGAACGCCACCUCCGCGAGAAGCAAGAGGAUUUCUUUGUGUUGGGUGGGACGAGCUGCAACGGCCAGCGCACGUCAACAAAUUAUGCGACGGAGCCGCAAGAAGAAGAUGAGCUGGCCAUGCUCCCGUCGAGGUCCUCUUCCCACGACGUCCCCCUCGCUGUUGCAGCAACUCGUCUUCCGUGGUGGUGGUCCAGGGGCUGCUCUCGUCUUCUUCUUUUCCUCAGCACCUUUGGCAGGCCGCGCGACCAGGAGCUGGUGGACCAAAGCACAAUCACAAAAUGAAGUGGACAGCACCAGUAUCAAAUGCAAAUGUGUCUGUGUCAUGCAAAAGCAGCAUGGUGCUGCUUUUGCAUGGGCAUGGAAGCUCUAGCAUCACAGGUUUCGAGAAGCUUCCGCAAUGCCGAAUCCGUGUGACAAAUGCCCCACUUUGGUGACAGAAAGUGGGCAGCUUUUGCCGCCUCUGCAUGACAGAUUUUUAUGUCGUGUUGUGAAAUGCGCAUGACAACAAGUUUGCUUUCUUGCAGACCCAGACAAAUUUGCAAUCCAUAAGCAGCGCCAGCAGUAGAGAUCAACUCGCAGCGGGUCGCGCAGUGGCUUGUCAGCAACAGGACCCGAAAAUGAAUCCAUUCGCGGUCACCAAUUUGGAAAUUUUCGAAUCCAGAGUGGGGGAUAGCGUCGAUGAUUAUGGGGUGGCACCAGACGGUAACUGGAACUCCAACUCCUUGUUCCCGGCUAGCAGUAGUAGUAGUAGUAGUGCACCGAAUUUGCUGGAAAACAAGCAGCGGAAACAACUACAACAGGAGAAGGAGCAAAACCUCCAGAAAACGAGAGUACUAAAAGUAGCCUCUUCAUCGCAAGAAAAGCAGCAGAAGUCUCAAGGCACCGAAAACCAAAAAUCCUCCUCGUCGUCCGCCGACAAUAACUACCUGAAACGCGGUGACGUUCUCCACCUCUUCUCUCCCUGGGAAUCGGAAAGAGCAGGAAGAGAAAACGGAGUCAACCUGGUGCAGCAAAAAACGAGCCACUUGCUGAUGCAAUCAAAACAGGACUUGGACGCGGAAAAAUGGCUCGCGAAAAACGGUAUUAAUAAGAAGCAACGACAGCUGCAGCAGGGAAGCUCCGUGAGGAAUGGGUUGAAGUGCUUAGACGUGCGGAACGGAAUGAAUUCGGCGCAGCCGUUGGACUAUGGGGAUGGCUCCUCUAUGUCAUCGUCCGCAGGAGGAGCUUCACCAUCUUCAGGCGGAGCAAUAUUCGCGCAGCAAGAAACGCGGUUCGCCGCGCCAGGUGGGAAUCUAGGGGAAUUCAUUCUGGCGCUAGACACGUAUUUUGACAGUACGAAUUUCUACGAACAGGACGUGUCUAUCUCGAUGGAGGAGGAGAAAAGAAGAAAGAAAAUUUAUGCAAGAAGAAAACCGUGUAUAGAUGACAGUGUAACUUGGCGCUGUCCUCUUCACGUACUGGCUGCGCGUGAGAGGAGGGCUCCUUUGUCAUGCCGAGCAAUUAAUUUACUGAAAUGCUGUCACUGCAAGCCACCUAUGCUAACACUGUUUCUUUCUUGGAUAAAAUUCUUGCGGAUACCAAUGCCUACCACUGGGAGAAAACUUCGACAGGUAUAAACUUGAAUUGAUUUUUCUUGGUCUACGUCUACCCUCUUUACGCAUGAAGAUCAGAAAACCAAAAAAUAAUUAAGGGAAAUCUGUACAAGUAGCUAAUCAAUGCAGAAGAUCCCCCAGAGAACAAAAUACCAACAUCUCUCUUCAGGCUGGUGGUUUGUCCCUGACGCAAAAGCACAGAAGCAGCUUAGCGAUUUGCAGCAAUUGAGAUCGUACGCAUUGCAAAAGAGGAAAAGUAUCGCACCUCAGCAUGAAAAAACACCGCAUGACAAUUUUGAAAAAAAGUAAGGAACUUGUCGUGCAAAAAAAAAUACAUGAGACGGCAGAUCUGUCACGCAUGACAACUUCUGCCAUUACUUUUAUAUGGGUGCAAUAUUGAAGAUGCUUUUGCUUCUGCAGUGGAUAGGCCAUUAGGCGGGAAGAAGAAAAUCCAGCAAAGCAUGAAAUUGUACAACGACUACGAGAAACAGAAAGCCGCCGCUUUGGAAACUGCUUCCGAGGAGGCAGGUACAACUAGUAGUACCGCAUAUGGAAGCGCCGUCAGGAUUGAAAUCGUGAAAGUUGAAAUAGUUUGUGAUGCAUAAAAUGCAACCCACAGAGUGCCUGUCUUGCAGAGUAGGCAAGGGAGGCAGAUUGUAAGCCUGUUGAGGGGUAGGAAUACAGCUGCUAAAGUAGCAUGACAAAAGGCGUCGUCCUUACCCAAACAACAUUACAAACUGGAUUUCCGUUCUACCCAAAUUUGUCAUGCGCCAUUUGAAAACUAGGCGCCAACUGGUAUCCGUUUUAUGCAUCACAAACCAUUUCAACUUUGUCGAUUUCAGUCCUGACACUUCCAUACCGCAGUAGCUCCUAUUACAACAACUAGUAGCAAAGGAGAAACCUCUUCUCCAUCCUCACAGCUCCAAACCAGCACUGGCAGCGACAUAUGGCGUUGUCAAACGUUACAUUCUCAACUGUUACGCGAUUUGUCAUGCAAAACGAACACCAAACUCCACACGGUGAAGCUACUUCGCAUGACAAAUUUCGGAAAAUCUAAACAGCAUGGGUAUCUGUGCCACAUUUGUAAUGCAAGAGCUGCAAGCUCCGUCCUUUCGUUCCCUUUUGCCAUUCUUGCAUCACAAAUCCAUGUAACAGCUGAGACUAAUGUAACAGUUGAGAAUGUAACAGUUGAGAACGCCAUACGACAGCACCGCCUCAGGGACGAAAACCAGAGGACAACAGCAAGACGGCGAAGCCACUGUCAAUGCACUUCAAGGAGCAAAGCAACAGGAAGUAGAUGAAGACAUCGUUCUUCUCGACCCCAGCCUAUGCAUUCCAAAUAUGUCUGGGUCUGGAAGUAAGUGCCAGAUCUGUCAUGCAUAUCUUCCAUGACCCAUGAUGUCUGUGAUGCUUGCCGUAGCAUCACAGCUUCUGCGCGGGCUUUCUGAUGCUCAUACCGCACGAGAAGCACCCUCUCGUCCGCGCAGCAAAAACUGGAGCUCUUUUGCUGUUCAUGCAAAACAGAUCUUAUUUAGGAUCCAAAGAUGGCAUAACAAGUUGCAUCCUUCCAGACCCAGACACGUUUGCAGUUGAUAUAGCCUGUACAAGGACAAAAUUUUCGAGCGCAACACGGAGAAACGACAAUUGUUGAGUAAGAAGGUCUACUACUACUUCCGCAAGUGGGUACAGGAGGGCGAGAAGGCGGAGAGUGGGGAUCUGGGGAAAAAAUUCCACUACUGCACGGACGACCGGGCGAUUGCGCAUAUCAAAUGCAAAUUAAUAUGUCUGGGGCUGGAGGAGUGGAAUUUGUGAUGCUAACUUUGGAGUCUAAAAAAUCAAAAAUUUGUGUAGCAUGAAGAGCAAGAGGACUCCAGUUGUUGCUAUGCAGAGAGGGAAUUUCUCAUGCGGGAGAGGCAUCAAGAAACCCGUGAAAUAAAACCUGUGAUGCAGCUUUGGCAUGCACCACAAACGUGAUGGGUCAUGCAAAAUGUGCAUGACAAACGUUCCAGUCUUCCAGACCCAGACAUAUGUGCAGUUGAUAGUGCAUCUGGAGAACCAAUUACAGAAGGAGAACUUGAACAUUUUCGACGUGCGAGGCGAUAUGCAAAGAAAAAAAUUAAAGUUUUACAAAAAUUACACACAGUGAUGCAAAACGUGCAAGACAGAUGACCUGUGCCAUGCCCAAAAUGCUUGCGGGUCUCGUUUCGUGUGUGUUUUGCACUAUGAUCUCUGCAUUACAAGUUUUCUUCGUCAUGCGAGGCAACGUUGUAAUGCUGAAUUCACUACAAAUCCAAUGUGUUGUGUAACUGUAACACUUUUUUUUCUUGGAUAGGCGAGGACCCGAAAUUAGUGGAGAAAAUGCUCUUUCUGCUGAUAAAGACUGCAGAAGCCCCCCUCACCGUCAUUUGUAUUGCAUGAGCAGCAGUACAAGUGUCAGCGAGAAUGCAGGUUUUGCAUGACAAAUCUGAACAGGAGUGUAGUGCUAUUUCGGCUCCUGCCAGAACUUGUCAUGCAAAAAAUUGCAAGAGGCACAGGGUGGAUUUGGUGCUUCGCAUUACAAAUGAGCGGGACGAGGGGGAGUUGUGCCCUCUCAUAGCUGACCACCCACCCACAGAACCAGGGUGACGCGUACUUGCGGCUGCUGUUGAAAAUGCCGGAAAAGUUCGGAUAUCAAAUGCAAAAAUGUCUGGGUCUGGAAGAGGCGGGACUUGUCAUGCACAUUUUGCAUGACCCGUGAGGUCUGUGACGCAGGUCCUAGCAUCACAGAUCUUUUGAGGCCUUCUCGAUGCUUAUCACGCAUGAGAAAUGCCCUCUCCGCGUGCCAAGAACUGUCUCCUCUUGCUCCUCAUGCAACACAGAUAUUUUUAGAAUCCGCAGACAGAAUUACAACUUGCAUUCAUCUUCCAGACCCAGACACUUUUACAUUUGAUAUCGGAACCUCGCGGUAUUUGGUGCAGGAGGUGCUGAAAAAUUUCUACUUGCUUUUGUGGGAAAAAAACCGGAGACUGGAGCGGCAGAACAGCAUCGCAAAGCAGCCCAUGCGGAUCAAUGACGUGAGUCUGGUGGAACUCGACGUGAUUCGGGACGACGAAGAUCUUGACAGUGACGCCGAUUUUUUUUACAACAGCAACUCCGGAGGUGCAACCUCCUCAACAUCCACCCUCCGUGCCUUCAUCGAUCUCGAGACUUCCCAAGGAACGAAAAGCAUCGAAGCAAGUUUGAUGGAGAGCCGGCGAGAAGAAGAUUUUUCAGUAGCUUCUGCAACUGGCAACUGCCCGGAAGAUCUCUCCGCGGAAGCGGAUAUUUUAGCUACGCCGAUUUUUGUCGGGUUGAGUGAUCCAGACGUCGAUUAUGGUUUGGCGGUAUCAAGUGUAAAAAUGUCUGGGUCUGGAAGAAUGCAACUUGUGAUGCUGCAUUUGGAGUCCAGAAAAAUCUGUAUUGCAUGAGUACCAAAAGGAAUGUAAUUUUUGCUACGCGGAUAGGGCAUUUGUCAUGCGGAAUAGGCACCAGGAAGCUCUCAAAAAAUCUGUGAUGCUAGGGCAUGCAUCACAGACAUCAGGGCUCAUGCAAAACGUGCAUGACAAGUGUCCGAAUCUUCCAGACCCAGACAUUUUUACAGUUGAUAAGCGGAUGGAAGUUCGGGAGGAGGUGCGGAUGGAAAAUUUUCCUCCUCCAGUACCUCUCCAGCGAUGCUGACCCUAGCAGAGACGAAACGCAGGCGGGAAGAUCUUGGUGACUCAGAGUCUGGACGAACAUCAAGCGACACAAGUGCGGGGAGUAAUAUUAGGGAAACCGCUGAUUUGGAAACCGGCACUGGCAUUCUUGCAACAACUACAGCAUCUAGUUCCCACGGUUUGCGCGAGUUUGGGAGGAAGGCCGAGAGGAGGAGGAACAAGCAAUUUCAACACGAAACAGGCCGUCCAGGAGGCUCGACGGAACUAGUACCGGGUGCUGGAGCGAACAUUUCGUCUUCUCGCCGGGGAAUGAAGCACGCGAGCAGAAAUCACAGUGUGACGCAAGAACGGCAGCUUCUGACAUCACGGAAUUCAUCCCGACAGCCUCUUCUCGGACGGCGCGGUAUCAAAUGUAAAAAUGUCUGGGUCUGGAAGGAUUCAUGUUUGUCAUGCUCGUCUGGCAUAACUCUUAAAUCUGUCAUGCACAUUACCCAAGAGCUCCGCUUUUCUGUGAUGCAGAAGCGCAGUUUGUCAUGCAGAAUAGGCAACACCUAGGACCUCAGAAACUUUUCAUGCUGAGCCAACAUUUGUAGCCUCAUCAUGAGACGCCGCCCAGCAUCACAAGUUUCCAGACUUCCACCCAGACACUUUUACAUUUCAUACGCGGCGUGACUGCACAAUUUCAAUCCCAACAGCAACAGCAGCCUGCGACGAACUUUAUCUACGGCUACAAUCCGUAUAAUCCACCGGGGCAGCUGGUGGGAAUGACAGCAGUCUUACCUCCUGGCGCGCCUGCGUAUAAUUACGGCUACACCUACAGCCCAAUGCAGCAGUUCCAGCCUAUGGCGGGCGUUUUUAUGCCACCGCAAAUUGCACCAGGAGGAGCUCCGGUGAUGAUGCAGCAACCGUCGCAGAUGAUGAUGCCAGCGGGAGGUGGCGGUGGAGCUCCUGCGCCAGGAGCCGUGCUGCCACAAGAAGGUGCUAGUAUGUACAAUGGUUUCAUGGGAGGUGGAUCACCCGUGUCCACGUCUCAACCGAUGAUGUACAACUUCAGCCCACAACAGCCACCGAUGCAGGUGUACAACUACGGAGCAGCAAGCUACGGCCCACCCGUGCAGCAGCAAGAACUGUUGCAGCAGCAAGAGGCGAGAACGAACACAGGAGCAUCUUCUGGCGCCGGUGAAAUAACUACGGAAGAUGAAGUUGUGUCGCCUGAUCAUCAGACGCAAAACGGAGAACUGGAACAACGUGGGGGGCAGCUUGUUCCGGACGAUGCUGUUGUUGACCAGGACCAAGAUCAACAAGAACGGGAUGAGCAGGUGUCGUCGACCAGUAGUACAUCAGAUGACCAAGCAACUGCAUCACCACCUGCAGGCACCACUCGAUCUACAAACGAGCUGCUCCAAACGUCGUCCGCAGGGGGUGGCUCUUACUUUCUCCCGCCACAACAACCGGCAUUGUACUUUACGUCGUUCCUGCAGGAAAAAGAACAGUUCUCGGCGAGCGCUGGAACCAGCAGAUCAUUCACCAAAACCACUAGCAACAAGAGAAAAUCCAACCAGCUCAACGUGAUGAUCUACUACCGGGAUGCGGUGCGGCAUGAGUAGGAAUUGCAAAAGUGAUGUCGUGCUAGUUCUACUAGUAAUUGCAAUCCAAAUUUUCUCAGCGCGCGCAUGCCAAAUGGAGUUUCUUGUAAUGCUGCUUUAGCCUAGAAAGGCGAUUUGUCAUGCAUAUCUGCAAUUAGCACGACCACGAGUUGCGCGAUCAGACUUUUGCAAUGCAUAACAAGCGGCGGAAGCUGAUUCAGUUUUUCGACCAGGAAACCAGUGAUUUUCCGCUGGACAAGGUGGAAUUUUUCAAGACGUUGGAGGAGAAGGGGGACCGGAAUUUGCGGCUGUUGCUCCAGCAUUCGGUGGCGGUGGACAAAGACACGCCGUAUUUCAACCUGGUGUAUUCCUAGAUGAGAGGAUGAGGAACGAUUAAGUUUAGUACGGGAAGCAGCUCCUGAGGAGGGGUGUUGAUGAUGGGGAGGAGCUGCAUCAACUGGGGGUGAGUGACCACGAAAGAUCGUGACACUGGAAAGUGACAAGAGCCGCAACAUACUUGUCUGGUCAAGAAGCUGCCCUGUCAGAAGAAGUAGAACCGAUCCACUACCCACAACGACCGCAGCCACAGCAGGGCUGAUAAUUUGCAACUAUUUCAGAACAGAAGAACACUUUUUUUUUCACAGACUUAUUUUCAAUAAACUUACCUUUCAGCAUUCUAUACUUUUCGCACAAAUGGUAAUGGUUUUAAAUCAAAUACGUUUCGUUUCUUUUUCAAAAUGAGGACAGCAUGGAUAGUUGUUCGUCAAGCAGCGUUGAAGAUGAAAAACUCCUGUACAGAAUAACAUUGAUAGGAUUGAGUUUGAACAGAUCAUUGGUUCGCAAGAAAAAUGUAUUUCUGCGACGUACCGAUGAUGUUAAAGCACCACGGGGGCUUCUUGCAAAUAUUUGUUUCGCGAGGCCGGUUCACUUGUGUUCCCGCUUUGCCAGCGAGGCGGCGGCGUCUUUGUAUGUUGUGUCGAAGUUGUGC